UACUAAUAACGCUGACGCUGUGCUAAACUUUGAAAAUAUUCAAAGUUGACGCAGCGCCAAAUGCGAAGAUCGGUGUCAGUUUCCGAAAUUUAUAAAUUAAAAACAAAAAAAAUGGCUUCUUAUGAAGAAAAAUUAAUUCAGCUGGUCAAGCAAGAGCCAUGCUUGUAUGCCAAAUCUACCAAAGCAUAUAGAAAUAACAACUUAAAAGAGAAAGCAUGGGCAUCUAUUGCUUCAGCUUGUGACAAAUCAGUCGAUCAAGUGAAAAGUCGCUGGAGGAGCUUGCGGGACCGCUUCGGGAGCCUGAAACGCAAACUGUCCAAUGAGUCGCGAUCAGGGGCGGCUGCCUCAUGUAGUCCUGGAUGGCCACUUUACAAUGAAUUAGUGUUUCUGGAUUCUCAUAUGGAAGCACGGCCAACUUCAUCGAACUACUCUUCCCCGAGCAUUUCCCAGCAGAUAUCGCCAUCGAUUGAUGAAGAGGAGACGGAAUAUGUGGAAGAUGAUACUGAUGUCAGCAUGCGAGCCGAUAACAACCAAGAUACCGCCAACGAAGCUACACCGCACAAUAAAGAGGCGCAUCAAAAACGGAAGCACGUUUCGGAUGCAGUGGACGCCCAGAUGAACAACGUCUUGAAGACUGUCCAAGAAUGCGUAGAGAGCUGGGGAAGAAAACGUGGACGACACGAACGCUUUGCACUUUAUCUUGGCGAACAGAUGGAGCAGUUGCCGGUGCAAAUUGCUCGUUCGUUAGAAGUAGAAUUUAUUGCCAAAGUAAAUCACAUGAGUACGAGAAUUUGCAGUUCGAUUCAAUUGAAACAACAACCUAAAAUGAAAUACUAA